GAAAUGCAGGAGCUCAAAAAGGGGAGGACCUCAGAAAAGCUGUUAAUUUUGUUCUUGCGAUCGUGAACUCCUACAGCAUGUACACCAAUGACAAGCCUCCAAGGGUGACGGCAUUCAUGGAUAACAUUCCAGAGACCGAGAACACUUAUUCGAGUAUAAAUGACCAUGUCUACACAUGCCUGGAUAAAACUGCUCCCAGUAACAGGUCAACAGAACCCAAGAGCUCUGCUGGGAGAAGGUCUUUGGACAGAAAGGCUUCACUGAUCUUUGUCUCUCUGUGGCUCAUCACUCUGAUCACACUCAUCGUUGGACUGGUCCUCUACUGUGGUCAGAGAUCAGCAAUACAGAGUGAGCUGGAGGCCCUGGAGCAUUGGGAAACAUCUAUGGUGGCAUUCUCAGCUUCUCUGGUGAACCAUUCAGAGACCAUUAGAUUGGGGCCACACUCUGAGGAUGUCAUCCUGGUCUACAGACACGUCAUCACCAAUGUUGGAAGUGCUUAUAACCCAUCUUCAGGCAUCUUCACAGCCCCAACAAAGGGCGUCUACUAUUUCAGUUUCACUGCCUUUGGAUGGAGUGAGAAUCCUGCUCAAGUCAGUCUCUAUUUGAAUCAUAAAUAUUUCAUGAGCGCCUAUGAUAACAAACCAGGACCGGGGCGUGGCACAGCGAACAUGAUCACACUGCAGCUGGACAUAGGAGACAUUCUUUAUAUAAAACUUCGGUCAAACAUGCAACUCCACGAUAAUGGAAAUUUGUACAAUACUUUCAGUGGCCACCUGCUCUUCCCCAUUUCAUUGACAGGAAAUAUCUAAAUGAUUUGAUAAUUAUGUACUGAGGACCAGUUCCACAAGACCCUACUAGCUUACUGCCUCAGUGUCCCCACUGUGGGCACUGUACUGUUAUAUCUCUUUAUAUCAACAAACAAAAUGUAUUUUGUGGUUCUGCACAUGAAGCUCAGCAGUUGAAAGCCAUUUUAAAUGUAAGGAAACAUUAAAUGUUAAGAAACAUGAGAAGUGGUAAACUAUACAUGACCACUGUCUAGACAAAGCACCACCAUAUAAGGGGUAUACAGGAAGGAAAGAUAGCGGAGAGAGGGUGAGAAGCCGCAACAGCAGCAAAGCCACACACACCAGGGACAGAAUAAAUCCCACAUUUUUAUCUGUUAUUUUUAAGCUUUAAUAUAUAUAGUAAAAAUGCUUUGCCAAAGAUUAGGUUCCUGGGUCAGUGGAGAAUAUAACUUGUGGACGCUGUAAAACGCAUCUUAACUACUGAGCUGUGACUGCAUGAUUACUCAAAUAAAUUGUACUCACAUUGCCAAUAAA